UAAGGCGGAUGACCAGGAGACCAUGAAUCUCACAUGCGUGCUUCUCCUUCUGUUUUGCACGGUGUUUACGCAAGCGGAAGGACGAAGACGGAGAUGUUACCUCCCCCCAGAGACCGGUGUUUGCCGAGCACGAAUCCCGAAAUGGUAUUAUGACCAUUUGACUGGCCAGUGCAAGGAAUUCAUCUAUGGUGGUUGCGGAGGAAACCGGAACCAGUUUUCCACAAUAGAAGAAUGCCUCGCCGAAUGUGCCCCCCGGAGGCAUGUACCCCGCAGCUGCUACGAGGCACCAGAGACUGGUCGAUGCCGAGCACGACACCCAAGCUGGUACUUCGAUUCCAGGCUUGGUCACUGCAAAAUGUUCAUCUACGGUGGGUGUGACGGAAACAGAAACCGCUUUUCUACAGAGGAAGAAUGCAUGGGCACCUGCUCACCAUCGUCUCGGUAUCCUGUCGUCUGCAGCCAGAAGCCGAGCCUUCAGUCCUACUAUUAUGCUUUGUUCUACUACUAUCAAUACCGACACAUAGUUUGGUAUUUCAACCCUGCUGAAGCCACUUGCGAGCAGUUUCAACCAGGCCAGUUGCCAAAGAGUUCUAGCUUUUUUCAAAGCUGCCAGGCAUGUUCAAACACAUGUACCAAAUAUAAUAGCUGCUCCAGUAAUCCAGAGUAGUAAGUAGAUAUGCGGUUCUUCAUCAUUUAGAGUGUUAAACCAGACUCUACGGUAGCAGUUAAAAAGGUGCUACGUCCUUUUGUCUGGCCACAAUUAUGGAAUGCAUCAAGAGCUUUAGUGUUACCAGUGCUGACUGUUUAUAUUUAAGAGCUGACAUUAUGAUACAAAAUAAACUUUGAGGAAUCAUGCA